AUGCCCACCAGUAGCGAGGAUUGGAAAGAAAAAGGCGCAGCGGUCGGUGUCAGGCAAGAAAUGGACGCCAACGGAAAGCCGGUUUCCCGGGUCGUCAAGAAGGGUGUCAAAGAUUUCAACUUCGGGCGGACGCUAGGUGAAGGUUCCUACAGCACGGUGCUUGCGGCCACGGAUCGGCAAACGCUGAGGGAGUACGCCAUUAAAGUCCUGGACAAGCGGCACAUUAUCAAGGAGAAAAAAGUCAAAUACGUGAACAUCGAGAAGGAUACCUUGAAUCGACUGACUGACCAUCCCGGGAUAGUCCGACUGUAUUACACCUUCCAGGACGAACGGUCUCUCUAUUUCGUACUAGACUUGGCGAAUGGAGGUGAGCUGUUGGGGUUCUUGAAAAAGAUGGGAACAUUCGACGAAGAAUGCACGAGGUUCUAUGCCGCGCAGAUCUUGGAUGCUAUAGACUAUAUGCAUUCGAGAGGGGUCAUUCAUCGGGAUUUAAAACCGGAGAAUGUGCUUUUGGAUGACCAGAUGCAUGUCAAAAUCACCGAUUUCGGCACCGCCAAGAUCCUGAGAGGGGCGCGCUCGCCCAACGCCAACGGCAGCGGACAGGUCUCGGGGGAUCCAACAGAGGGUGUCGAAACAGACCGCGCCGAGUCUUUCGUUGGUACUGCGGAAUACGUCAGCCCGGAACUCUUGACCGACAAGAACGCGUGCAAGGCCAGCGACCUCUGGGCCUUUGGUUGCAUCGUGUACCAGCUGCUGUCUGGAAGACCGCCCUUCAAAGCGGGCAAUGAGUACCAGACGUUUCAGAAGAUUGUAAACCUCGAGUACGCGUUCCCGGAUGGCUUCCCCCCUGUGGCUCGUGAUUUGGUGGAGAGACUCUUGGUCCUUGAUCCUGCCAAGAGGUUGCCUAUUGAGCACAUAAAAAAUCACCAGUUCUUUGACGGGAUUCAAUGGGGCAAAGGCUUGUGGAAGCAACGGGCUCCAAGGUUAAGGGCGUAUUCCCCGCCUGCACAGGACACCAUCAAACUCAACGGACACGCCAGUGUCAGCUCUUUGCCGCCACAUAUGGCGGCAAUGAGUAGCGCGAGACAGGGGCCCUCCGGUCCUCCAUCUGGCAGUACUAACCCACCCAGGCCAUCCGCACGUGUCAUCACCGAAUUACCACCGCCGAGCCAGCUCGAUAUCGAUUGGUCUCCCGUACUUACUCGACCCAACGAACGGAUAUUGAAACUUGGAAAUCUCGUAGUCACCUCAACCGCAGCGCCACACAGUCCAGGCUCUAAGGGAGGAGACUCGGGCUCUGAGGCGCCUCAAAAGAAGGGGUUUUCUGCGAGGUUCUUCGGUGGCACCACCACCAAGAAACGGCAGCGGCUUGUGAUGAUCACGUCUGCUGCUCGCGUUAUUUUAGCUACUGCUGGAGGAGAGGAAAAGAAGGCUAAGAUGGAACUCUCGUUGCUUACACCAGGUGCUUCUUGGAGAAGUCACAGAGACAACAAGAGUCUGACGUCUUGGUGCAUUGAGACGCGCGAGAAGCAUCUCAUCUUCGAAGAUCCCAAAGCAACCCCAAGUGAUCCGGAAGGCAGCAAGUAUUCGUCACAAGAAUGGCUUGACGCAAUUGAACAAGCGAAGGAUUUCGCAGUAUCUCAACAGAGUAUGGCAAACUCCUAUUCUGGCGACUCGACAUUCAACGAACUGAGCUCGACAAUUUCAAGCCCGGCAAGUACUUUAGGUGGCGACUCCGCGCUUGAUGGAGUAAACGUUCCCUCUUCCAGACAUCUUCGGAAGGACCACGGCGAUACCGAAUCGGUCAAAGGCAGAAAAAGAUUUAGUAAAAGGCAUUCGAAGAAUGGUCUCGCUGCCGUGUUCUAA